AUGAGGGCUUCCUCACUGUCUAGGCCUGCGACGGCAGCUCUGGUAUCCGCUCUUCUCAGUUAUUGGCAUUUCCCGACCGCCAAUGCCCUCACAGCUACGCCAAUAUCACAGCCAAAUCUAGAUUUAUCGCCUCUGGGAAGAAUUGCACUGACGGGCAACUUCGACUCGAUAUCCAUAUACUCCUACUUACAAGAGAGCGAGUCUACAUCUUCCACCAAUGGCUCUCAAUCACUGCUUGCAACACUACCAAAUGGUGACAUUACAACUCUACUGUCCACCGAUGCGCACAUUCUUGCCAUGUGUUCGUGGACACGUAGCAACGGCACCUUCGAAGGCGUCGUUGUCGGAGGCAAUUUUACUAGUCUAGGAGGCAUACAGUCAGAAGGCUUAGCACUGUACAACCCAACGACAAAUAGCGUCCAGGAUAUGUCCGGCUUGUCGGGCGUUGUACAAGCAUUGCUAUGCGAUCAGCAAUCGGAUUCGGUUUACGUUGGUGGUGAUUUCACAAUAGACAACUCGACGAACGCAAUGAUCUGGAAUGGGAGCACCGGCUGGCAGUCGUUACCUUUUGGUGGUUUCAAUGGCCCCAUAACUUCGAUCGCCCAAGGUCCUGAUGGCCAUAUCAUCUUCGGCGGCAAUUUCGAUAGCUUGGGUAAUGUGACAUCAACAGCCACGAACAAUACCCAGGUGAUCAACCUGUCUACCGCCAACGUUUCAAGCGAUGCCCAAACAACUCUUUCUAGUUUUGUUGACCCACGAAAUAUUAUCUGCAAAACUGAUGAUGCCGAUAGCGCUGGGAAUACUUGGUUACUCGCAGAUUAUUCACCCGGCUUCUGGGAGGCAGAUAUGGGCUAUACUUUCUACCCGAGCAAGAUUCGCCUAUACAACACCCAUUACCAGGGAAGAGGCACAAAGGCCUUCCGCUAUCAAGCUCUACCAGACACAGGUAUCAUGAACUUGACCUAUAUCGACCCCACAACUGGCCGGAGAGCAUACUGUGACUCGUCAUGUCCACUGUCCAAUGAUACCUCCGAAGUCUAUCGGGAUUUUGAAUUGGUUAAUCCUGUUGGCAUGUCUGGUUUUAUGAUUCAGAUUCAAGAUUGGUAUGGUGAAGGUGCCGGACUCGAUGGUAUAGAGGUAUUCCAAGAUCAAAUUUUCACAUAUGCAGUCAACAACUUCAAUGAGCCAUUAUGUGCUGGAAUUGAAUUCCCUUCCACAUCGAACACAACAGGGACCUGGACAGUUACAUCAGCCGGCGCUUCAACCGAGUAUCUAGUUGCUAAUGUUUCUAGUUCUUCUAACAUAUCUAUCGCCUUCAGCCCUGACAUCAAGCAAUCGGGAAACUACUCAGUUCUUCUCUACACCCCCGGAUGUUCCGUUGCCGAUACAUGCAAAUCUAGAGGCGCGGUCAAUGUCACUGCCACAUUCAGCUCCACCGAGGCAGAAGCAAAUCUUGAUACAUCGACAAUAUGGCAAACCAAUGACUACGAAAAGUACGAUACCAUAUACACGGGAUAUAUUGAAGCAAACAGUGACGACUUCAGAUCAACAAUCACAGUCACUCCAUUGGACGGACAGGGCGAGAUUGAAAUUGUAGCUUCUCGUGUUGGCUUCAAUUUGAUUUCCUCCACUAAUACCUCUGUCGGUGAAUUGAACGGACUGUAUGAUUAUAAUCCAGAGAACACAACGGAUACGGACUUCUCAUCCGAUAAUAUUGACUAUAUCGGAUCACAACUGAGCUCAAAAGCAACAAUUCACAGCUUGGUUCAAUCCGGAGAUGUCACUUAUGUAGCAGGGAAUUUCUCCGAUUCUACUCUGAGUAACAUCCUGUCCUUCAACUCCAGCGGCAAUGCUACUUCCCUCAGCGGCAGUGGCCUGAAUUCUUAUGUUCAGACCUUACUCAUGCUCAACGAUACAUUAUACGCGGGAGGAAAUUUUACAAGCACCGCGCAAGGUGGUGUGCAAGAUCUCAAUUAUGUCGCAGCUUAUUCUACUGGUAGUGAUACUUGGUCUCCACUUGGUGCAGGCGUCAAUGGGCCUGUAACUUCCGUCUUGUCAUUCCCUGUGAACACGUCGAAUGGAGCAAUUGAGACCACCGUGGCAGUCAGUGGACUAUUCGAUCAGAUUGUGGCCUUCGGAUCAAAUGCAUCCGUGGAUGUAUCCGGUUUCGCUAUUUGGGUUCCAUCCAAGCAAAACUGGUUGGCUAACUUGGACGGUUAUGAGAUGGCCUACUCCGGUCAAUUGAUGGCAACGGCUAAUGUUGGCAACAACACCACAAUUUUGGCUGGAUCUCUAUCGUCUGAUGGUAUAUCGUCUGGAGGUGUUGUAUCUCUUGUAGAUUCUGAUGGUCUCGCACUUCAACCUCUCCCUGUGGAUAUUGAUGAACUUCAGAACGGUGGAUCGACCUCGAAACGGGAUUCCACCGUGCAAAAUGUUUCUGAAGUCUCUGUGGGCUAUUUCGAUACAGCCAAUGGUCGUAAUCUCACGAUCUUGGGUGGUCAAUUUACUGCUAAGGCUACUGAUGGCUCCACCAUUCAGAAUAUUCUGUUCUUGAACGGCUCGAACAGUGACACUGUGACAGGCAUACCUGCAGGUGUUGACAGCAACUCUACCUUUACAACUCUUGCAGUUUACAAAGACACAUUAUUUGCUGGUGGCUCAGUCACCGGUCUUGUUGGAUCAUCAACUCUCAACGGUUUCAUCUCUUAUAAUCUAUCGACAUUAGGCUUUUCCUCGCCUCAACCUCCGGCAUUGACUGGAGACAACGUUGUUACUAAUUCUAUCACGGCCCGGCCCAGCACAACUGAGAUCUAUUUCGGGGGAGUUUUCGAAGCCGCAGGUGAUCUUCCAUGCCCUGCCGUUUGUAUAUGGGACACUUCUGCUGGCCAGUGGAGUCGGCCUGGUGUGGACAUGCGAGGGUCUGUGACUUCUCUUCAAUGGGCAAGCGGCACUCAAUUGAUCGCUGCUGGUAAUUUAACCGUUGGAGAUAAUCAUACAAUGAUCGCAUCAUACGACACUAGCUCACAGAAAUGGUCGUCCAUUAAUGGUGCCUCAUCAUCUGAGAUUCCUGGGCCAGUCACUGCGUUUGGCCCGGCUGCUACAGAUCUGUCCUCAUACUGGAUCGCCGGCCAGGGUUCGAACGGGUCAGCUUUCAUUAUGGAGUACGAUGGAACGAAGUUCAACAGCGCCGGACAGCUUUUCGACGUGUCUACGACUAUCCUCGGAUUACAAGUGAUAGGCCUCAAUAGCAAUCAUGGCAGCACACAGCUCUUGAACGAUGACCAAAUCCUGCUCAUUACUGGACAGCUAGCAAUUCCCGACUUCGGAAAUGCAUCUGCUGCCUUUUUCAACGGCACUACAGUAACACCUUUCAUUCUCUCGUCAACCGCAGAUGGACAACCUGGUACUAUUCGAGAAAUGAUUACAGAAAAGCAGAAUACUUUUAGCGGUAAAAAAUCCCCUCGUCUUUCGGCAGGACUAGUUGUCCUUGUUUCUUUCUGCAUUGCUCUUGGAUGUGUCUUCCUUCUUGUCGUCUUGGGUGUCGCCCUAAACAGGAUCCAACGAUACCGACAAGGCUAUGUUCAGGCUCCAACAGCAUUCAAUUCCGACCGGCCGACUAGCAUGCGACGGGUUCCCCCAGAAUAUCUUUUCGACUCGCUGAGACAACGUAACCUUGGCCCCCCUACCCUUUAA